AUGACUUGCUCUCUAAAUUCUACACUUCUUGGCCUUCUUUGCGUUACUUUGCUGUUGUGCAAAAAUCUUUCUCCAGUCAAAGGAAAAGCUGCAGAGGUUAAACGAGAACUAGCAGGUUGUGGUGUGAAAAUGCCGCUCAGUGAAAACAUCAAAAGACGCGAAUCUGGUCCAGACGAAUGGCGCUGGCAUGCGCAGCUACUUAAGAAAACAGGCAUGCGCACUUGGCAUUGCAGUGGUUCUCUUUUGACUCCUCUAUGGGUGAUCACCGCUGCCCACUGUACCGGCCUCUAUCCUGAAGAUCUGGAAAUAUCACUUGGGGAAUACCAUCGUUUCAUUGAAAGCUGCGAAGAACAGAGGCACUGUGUUUACCAAAUCGUUAGACAUCAUAGCUACAGCCGCAAACCACUCGAUUACGACUUUGCAUUGUUAAAACUGAAGUAUCCUGUAGCCUUAAACGAUCAUGUAGGGACCAUAAGCUUGCCCAAAUCCACCACAAGGUUGCCGCUUGGUUCAUUCCUUUGGGAAACUGGCUGGGCCAGGACUAAUGUCAGCGGUCUUUUGUCGAACGUGCUAAGAGAAGUCCAAGUUGAAGUCGUGUCAGAGGAAGAUCAUUUAUUUCAGCAAAGAGGAGCAGUUUUUUUCACCACAUCUAAAUUUUGGGGCGAAGGAGGCAACUGUUUCGGGGACUCUGGUGGCCCUGUGGUUCGCGAGGAAGAUGGAAGGUGGUACUUAGAAGGGGUUCACAGUUAUGGGAAGAAUGCUUGUGGUAAAAGAGACCGAACCUAUCUCCAGGCUGAUGUGCGAGUUGUUCUUCAGUGGAUCCAAGACACUAUUGCAAACAAUUAA